CUUCCGGUUUACAUGAGGCAUGGCGAACUUGGACCAUGCCGAAGACGACCAAAACCACGUGAAAAUGCCCGGUGAGCUACCCGCUGCUGGCUCGCCAGUCAAACCGGGUCAAGGGUCCUGUGCGCCGGGUGGAACUCCAAGCACCAUCCCUUCGUUCGCCGCCGCCUCGGAGCUGCUGUCUGCUCCGUACUCCUGCCUGGUGCUGAACACGCACCGCAGACAUGUAGCGCUGCCUCCUGUCUAUCUGAACAAGAAAAGGACGGGGAUACAGGAGGAGCUGGACGCCGAGCUGCUCAAGUUCUCCCAGAGUCUGCACGGAGUUCCUUUAGCAUAUGACAACAUCCGGAUUGCGACUCAACAAGGAGACAUUUACGACGACAGCGGCUACAUCCACAUGGACAUUGAGGCCAACUUUAUUGUUUUCCAGCCCAAAAAAGGACAGAAACUCUUGGGAAAGGUGAAUAAACUCGGAGUGAGCCACGUGGGCUGCCUCGUACACGGCUGCUUCAACGCCAGCAUCCCCAAACCGAAUCUCGUCUCCGUGGAAACCUGGAGGGACGGCGGGCCGAGUAUCGGGACGGAGCUGGAGUUCAAGGUGAUGACGCUGGAUGCCGACGCCGCAGGGGUGCUGCUGAUCAGGGGUCAGCUGGACAGAACCAGGGUGCAGGAGCUGAUGGCUAUGAGCGAGAACUCGGAGUCGAGCGUUCCUGCCGACCAGGAAGAUCCACAGGAAGCAGAGCCGGCCCCGGAAACAAAGGAAGCAGAGCUGGCCCCGGAGACGACCCACGACGGCACGCCCAAGAAGAAGAAGAAAAAGAAGAAGGAGAAGGAGAAAGAAAGAAUCAAAGAGGAGGAGACGGAGGAACAGAUAACAAAGACACCACCGGGUCUGAACGGAUCCACGGAGCAGACAAACAGUUCGGACACUCCAGAGAGGAAGAAGAAAAAGAAAAAGGAGAAACACGUGAAGGAAGAGGAGGAGCGAAUGGAGGUUUCGGCCUUGGAGAACCACCGUGGCUUCGGUGACAAACCGAGCAAGAAAAGGAAGCUUGAAAGCGGGACAGAUGCACCGUCAGGGGACGACGUAACCCCGAAAAAAUCCAAGAAGAAGAAAAAGAGUGAUGUUUAGGAGUUCACCCUGAAGUAAUAAAUUGCAGACUCCAGAGGUGACCUUAAUAGGAGCUCAAUUUUAAAACGUUUAAAUUAAGUCCUGCAGAAAAAAAAAGAUCAAUGGUGUCUCUUCUCAGUCAGUUGUAGUUCCGCUACACCGCCUGAUGGUGGCGCAAAACCACCGCAGAUGAACACACUGGCAGGCAACAAUCGGGGAUGAAAACUGGUCAGUUCUGACAUGAAAGUCAACUCAUUUUCCUCAUGUGCCUUUCUGAGAUUUCUUCCUUGCCGACAGACUGCUUUGACAAAAGCUCCAUUAAAAAGUGAGUGCUUUUUAAGGAUCAUGCUCAUAACCCAUGCAGCACAGUCACAGUAAAGACGGAGAACGUUUUUCUCCAGACUGUUUUUAUCUUGAGAGAGAACUGCAGAAAUAUAAAAUAAAUAUCUGAUUCUCAUGCCA